UUGCUAGACGGUAUUAAUAUUGAGCAUCCUAUUGAUAACAUUAAUGUGGAUCCUGUGACUGGAGAAAUUUAUCUUGCAGUGAUACGAAACAUAUUAGAACUUCUUACAUAUAUGAGUGAUCCAAUAAAUGCUAAAAAACCUUCAUUUAGUGUAUUUAAAGUUAGCAAUAACACUGGAGAAGAUAGGUUUUAUGGAAUUAAAUACGCAAAGGAAAAAAUAUUUGAAGAUGAUGGCACUUUGUUUCAUGCAAUUUCUGUGGCUGCUGGUGAUAGCGAUAGGAAG